AUAAUUGCUCCUUCUAAUGUAUUUCCUCCUCCGAUUCAUGCUACACUGUCGGUGAGAUCGCGAUGCGUCUUCAUUGCCAACCCCCUCACUGUUCAUUCGUUGCACAACAUAGAGAGUGAGGUCCCUAGCCUCCCGUUCAACGGUCACGUGGAUUGCUUACGUUUAAGUGCUGACGAAAGGAACAUAGCUGUGGCCUCAAAUGACCUUAUAAAACUAAUUGAUCUUACUAGAGGACGUGAAAUCCGUAAUCUAUCAGGACACUCAUUAGCUGUUAAAGCACUGACACCACGUCGAAGCAGCGUGUACUCAUGGGUGUCUGGCUCACUAGAUUCUUCAUGGAUUGUGUGGGAUAGCCGAUCUCAUCCCGCUAAUGUUUUACAAGGGAGAACGACAGGUCCAGUUCGCUGUGUAGAAGUCAAUAUGGAUCCAGUCCUAAUUGCAUGCACGGACCAUUAUAUGAAGACCUUAACGUGUGAGCCUUGCGAAUCACUAACUGUGAAUCAAAUAGGAGACUUGCGCAAGGUUCUGCACAUGAAUGCGUCUUCUGACGGUGUUGGUGUUAUUUGUACUGAUUCUGUUGGAGCAGUCUCUUACUCUGUGGUUCCCAUGGAGGAACUGCUUGAAGGACCGAAGAAACCUGUGGAUUUCUACGACGAUGAGGAUGACGACGAGUCGUUGUCUGACGAGAUCGCCGUUUUGACACUACGCGGUGAAUCGCCGUCUGUCUCAUCCUUAACGCCCGAAACAAUCUCUGUGCCUUCAGCAAUUCAUAUAUCCUCUUCCGACUGUGGAAUUGAUGAUUCCUCGAGCAUCGGAAAGAAUCAAGUUAGCAAUCCAGUUCGCUCGUCCUCGUCUGAUAGAAAUGCAGCCUUUCGAACAACACUGCGUAAUCUACGGGAACCUAUGAAAAGGCGAACUGACGCGGAUAAAAACUUACUUGGUCGUCCUAGAAGCCCCUCCAUGUCAUCUAUUCAGAGCAGCAAUGAAUCGCAUCCUAUGAGGCUGAAAGAAGGAUCCCGGCUGAUUUGUCGAAGUGUUUCCCCAGCGAAUGGCGCCACGUCAAAGGAAUCGUCAAUGUUAGUAGUCCGAUCGGCUGAGAAGCCCUUGCGUCCGACAGCAGCUGCGCUGAAGCCUCCUAGGGAGCCCAACCGGGUGCCCCAACGAGAUGCUCGUGUCACUGCUCUCGCGAACGCGGAUGAAGUCAAUCCGCCACGACAACGAAAGAACUCUACCCAAGGACUACCACUCGAAGACUUUGCCAUAAAAAUGGAAAAAGGGCAUUAUGUGACAGUGAUGCAGGCAGAGAAAACGUCGAUUGGAGUGCAUCAGUUGGCGGCAUCUCUGAAACAUGGAGGUCUCUCAGCUAUGCUCAAAGAUGGCCUAUUCGCCGAUGAGUCAGCAGUUGCUGUGAUGUUAAGAAUGUUCAACGAGACGAAACGCUGGGAUAUCAACAUCUGCAGUAUGUAUCUGCCUAAGCUUAAAGAAUUCCUGCAAGACACCACAUUGCCAGAAUCCUGCCGUCAAGUCGCAUUGUCGUCUCUACAGAGCAUUGCCACCGGUCUCAUAGAUUCAUUGCGAAACUGUGCUAGGGCUCCAGUAAGUUCCAUUGGGGUGGAUGUGGCUGCAGAAGAGAGAAAGAAGAAGGCUGACAGUUGUAUCGAGGAAUUGAAAGAUCUUCGAGAUAGACGCGACCAUUUCUAUCGGAAGCUAUCGCAAGAAGAAGUAUAUAGGCUUGAUGCCAUCAUGGUAUUCUUGAAACCUCUGUAA